GAAACGCGGCAGGCGCGUCCCCGCUGUGCCGCCAGAGGCGCCAGAGGCCUCUGGGAUAGAAGGACGGUUCCUGCAUCAGACCCACACACUCAGUUUGACACCUCAGCGACUCUCCUCUACUCCCAUCAUGUCCUCCGUGCCGGCUAAAGCGUUCGGCUACGACGAGUGUCGCAAGACCGCCGACUGGCUGCUGUCCAAGACGCGGGCGCGUCCCACGGUGAGAAUCGUGUGCGGGUCCGGAUUGGGGGGCCUCGCCGAGGCGCUGGAGGCCAAGGAGGUCUUCAAGUACAGCGACAUUCCCAACUUCCCCCAGAGCACAGUGCCCGGUCAUGCUGGCCAGCUGGUGUUUGGAACCCUCAAGGGGAAGCCCUGUGUUUGCAUGCAGGGCCGGUUCCACCUGUACGAGGGAUACUCUGUCCAGACGGUCACGAUGCUGCGCGUCUUCAAGCUGCUGGGCGUGGAGACGGUCAUCCUCACCAACGCAGCCGGCGGCCUCAACCGGGACUUCAAAGUGGGCGACGUGAUGAUCCUGAAGGACCACAUCAACCUGCCGGGUUUCACCGGGGUCAACCCGCUGUUCGGACCCAACGAUGACAAGUUUGGCGUGCGCUUCCCCUGCGUGUCCGACGCCUACGACCGCGAGCUGCAGCGGCUGGCGCGCGACGCGGCGUCGGAGCUGGGCUACAGCAACUUCCCCCAGGGGGUGUACUGCGUGCUGGGGGGUCCCUCCUUCGAAACCAUUGCCGAGUGUUGCUUGCUGCACAAGCUGGGGGCCGACGCCGUGGGAAUGAGCACUGCGCACGAGGUGAUCGUGGCUCGCCACGCCGGCAUGCGCUGCCUCGCGCUGUCGCUGAUCACCAACAUCUCGGUGAUGGACUACGACAGCCGAAAGGCCAACCACGAGGAGGUGCUGGAGACGGGCCGGCAGCGGGCGGGGCAGAUGGAGAAGCUGGUGUCCACCAUCGUGUCCCGGAUGUAGCACAACAAAAGCAACAUCUGAACCUAGAAUUACCCCUCUCCCCCCUCCUCCUCCCCCAAAUCCUCCUGCAGCUGGUCCCAGGUCAGCUGCUCUGCUCUAAGCAGCCGGCUGACUUACUGCACAAUAGACUCGCUUGCUUCUCUGCUUUGCUUCGACCGACUGUUACUUAAAGUCUGGUCUUAAAAUCCAGUAAACUGGGCCACUUUUAUAAUGCACACAAAGUGAAUUUCUAAAAAUAAUAAUAACUUAAUUUAAAUAUGACUUUCAAAUAGCAUUCCCUGAUGCGAGUAAACAAAUGUGAAUCAAGUGAUGUUCAACUUUUUUAAUGUAGAGGCUCAUCACAUUUAAUGCAAUCAGAGCUGAAAGGUGGAAAUUAUAUUUGUAUAUUGCGACAAAGCUGUAAAAUGUCCUAAAAUAGUUAAAACUAAUUGUAUCUUAAAUGCUGUUCUUGUUUGUUUUGAUGAUAAAUCAAUAUUUGAUUGACCCUUUGAAGAAAUUGCUCCAAGUUUUAUCACUGUGUAAGCCGACUGGGAUUUUAUGCUUUACUAAAAAGGCUUCAAUAUAUUACUACUAAUCUACUUUCUACAAUAAACUCACUGAACUUGCAAA